AAUUCCGUUCUUACCUCAUAUUCCACUUGUUCUUCUGUCUCUUUUCUUCCCUUCUUCCUCCCUAUUUUGCCGUAUUCUUUCCUUUGCCUCUCCUCCAUCGUCCUCUCGUACACGUUUGCACUCGACCCGUUAGAUCGCCGUAUAUCCUGCAAAGACCUAGGCCAAGGCGACUGCCAAGGCUGGCUGUGGCUGAAGCAGUCCAACUCCUUUACUAGCAAAUACGUGAAGCGCUGGUGCGUCUUCAAGCACAACACACUCUACUACUACCGAAACCCUGAGGACGAGUCUGCUGAAGGUUUGAUUCAUCUGCACGGGUUCACAAUCACGCCCAGUGUUGAGGUCAAGUCAGGCCGAUUGUACGUUUUGCUCGAUUUUCCUGCCAAAGAUACUCCAUUCUUCAGACCAACAUUGUGCUUGCUCAACCAUUGA